AUGCAAAAGAUGAAGGAGAAGUUUGGAGUUCCAAACCUUGACUGCGAAGGUUGCGCUGCAAAGAUAAAGAAAGCUCUCUUCAAGCUUGAAGGAGUGGAAGAGGUAGAGAUAGAGAUGGAGACCCAGAAAAUUACAGUGAGAGGUUAUGGAGUGGAGGAGAAGAAGGUGCUCAAGGCUUUGAAACGAGCAGGGAAAGUAGCAGAGCCAUGGCCAUUUCCUAGUUAUUCUCACUAUGCCUCAUUUCAUAAGUACCCAACCCACAUUGCCAACCACUACUACGAAUCACCUAGUAAUGGAGCUUGUGCUAGUAUCCAUACAUUCUUUCAUACUCCUUGCACCUGUUCAAUGGCGAUUGCUUCAGAUGAAGCCAUAGCUUCCCUCUUCAAUGAUGAAAACCCCCACGCUUGCACUAUUAUGUGA